UUCCAUCAGAGCAGGUAUAGGAGGUUCCUCUGGUUCUCUGGCCACACCCACAUGUUUCCUGUUUUAAUCUGGGCACCUUCAGCCAUUUAAUCACCUUUAAGAUCUUCAGACGCAGGGAGAAGGAGGUUGAGCUGCUGGAGGAGCUUGCUCACGCUACAGGAUGGCUGAGAAAGCGGAGAGAGCGCCCUCUACAGACAGCCAAUCAGCUGAAGGCUCCGCCCCCAAACCAGCCCUCCGCAAGACGGUGUCCAUCGACGCCAACAAAAAGAAGAAAGGCAAGAAAUCGAACGAGGACGCCAUGAACAAGGUGUACACCAACCUGCUGAGCAGCGUGUUCGGACAGGAGAGAGAGCUGUCUCAGCCGGAGCUGGAUGAGCUGUCCGAGGCGUUUAAGGAGUUCGACUACGAUCAGGACGGCUAUCUGAACUACAAGGAUCUGGCCGAGUGCAUGAGGACGAUGGGAUACAUGCCCACAGAGAUGGAGCUGCUGGAGAUCAUCCAACAGAUCAAGAUGAGGCUCGGCGGUCUGAUGGAUUUCGAUGACUUCUGUGAGUUAAUGGGCCCCAGGAUGAUGGUGGAGACGGCGGAUAUGCUCGGACUCAAAGAGAUCAAGAGCUCCUUCUGUCAGUUUGACACUGAUGGAGACGGGAAGAUCACUCUGGAUGAGAUGAAGGAGGCCGUGAAGACUCUGCUAGGAGAGAAACUCAAGAAGGGAGAACUGGAGGAGAUCCUGAAGGAGCUGGACCUCAACGGAGACGGAACCGUGGAUUUCGAUGAGUUUGUGAUGAUGCUGUCGAUACGAUGACACCGUCAGCAGCGGAUGAUACGGGUUCAGACGCACACAAACACACAAACAUCAGGGUUUUUUAAAAGUGUGAUUUAAAAAGUGGCUUGAAAAACAAAAUUCAUAAAUCAUGAAAGCUCAUCAUGGUUAUUUCUGUAAUGAAAACACAUUUCUCUGAUUUCAUGGAUAGAUGAGUGACUAAUAACUGUUUAAAUCUAUAAAUUCUGAAGAUGAGAAAUCGCCAAGUAAUUUCUGUAAAAGGAAUGAUAUUCAUUAGGGAAAAGUGUUCUGGAAAACAACAAAAACAUUUUUUGAUAUUUAGUUCUACAGUAUGUAGAUGAUCACUGUAAUGUUCUGUAUGUCACGUGUGUUUGUGUGUAUAGAGAUAUUUUUCUGCAUAGUGUCAAAAUAUGUAUUUUUUCAGUUUUGUUAAUAAACAGUA